CUUUUUAUCUUUCCCUGCAUCUACUUAUGCUUAAAGAAAAACUUGAAAGACACAAGACAAUAAAAUGUAAUCAUGAAGAUGAUAAAACCCUUCAACAAGCAAUGCUUUUCUUGAUUUUCUGUUUUGGGAAUAUUUGAAUGAAAUACUUGCAUUGCUAAGUAGGCAAAGGCAUUUUGGUUCUGUCCCUCAACUUUAAUCAAACACAACUUGUGUCUUCCUCCUCUUUAAAAUCCAAGCCAAACUUCAUAUUGUAUUCAUUAAAUACAAAACUCUUGUAAAAUUUUUCCUUCUUGAUCAUGGCUGACUCAAAUUUUGUUGAUAGGGAGAAGCAAAAGCAAGCAGACAAUGAUAUCAAGGACAUGAUUUCUUCUCUAACGAAACGUCUAGCUGGCCUCCAACGCGUGCACAACCAGAAUGUUCAAGGUGAUGAUGAAGAUGAUCAUGGCACCAGAAUCAUCACUCUAGCUGGAACCAAUGUAGGGGCCAGCAUGCGCGGUGAGAUGGACGAGAAAAAUGGGAUCGACGGUGUUUCACCAGGGGAAAAUGAGGCCUUGAAAACAUAUGUGAACAGCAAUUUCCAGUCCAUCAACAAUUCCAUCAUGUUGGGUGGUAGCUAUUCUACUAAUGACCCUGGUGUUCAUUUGGAAGUCUCUGAUUAUGUGGAUAAUGAACAAGUCCCAACACCACAAGGAAAGGGAAGCAAGAGAGAAGAAAACUGAUCACCAUUAUGAACAGUCAACUAGGCUUACACCAUAAUCAAGAAGCUGCUACAAAAUUCAGACCAAUACUCUAUAUGAAUAAAUACCAGAACUUAGUUGAGUUCUUUAUGUUUCGUUCUCUUUUCAAUGUGUUUUGUCUCUUGGCAGGAAUAGUGGGGGUGGGGAUCUUGUUGCAGUAUUGAUGCUUGUUAUGAGGAUUAAUAUGUUUAUAAGAUACCAAAAAGGAAAAUGUUGCAUUUGUAUUAUUUUUAUUAAUCAUAACAUCUUGUCAGA